GAAACUUCCGCCGCAUCAGUUAAAAUAUCAAGAAGAGACGUGGUGGCAAAUUCGAAUGGAGCAGCAGAAACAGUAGCUGAUGUAGUGAAACAAGUAAUAAUACAGAGUAGUGCGGAUGGUAGGUUAAAUGAGAGGCAGUACAAACGACAACACCCGCCAGAACAAAUAUCAGAACAACAACUACAAAAAUUACCACAAGCUUACAAUCAUCAUCAGCCACAGUUAUAUUUAAGUCGUGAAGUAGAACAACAACCACUGGAGAAUGAAAUGGAGGAGGACAAGAGCAAUCAUAUUUUUCAACCUCAAAUUCAAACUGAAUCGUUGCCAGUUUACCAGCAACAUGAAAGAGACCAACAACUACAACUAUACCACCAACAACAGAAGCAGCAGCAGCAGCAACACUCAACAACUCAAGCAACAUCCUUUAGUAAUGGAAUGGCACUUGAAACCACGUAUAAUCACACCUUUCAAAGUCUUUCAAUCAUUGAUGGCGACCUAACAGUAGCCGUUGAUACAAGUCAAAAUCUUAUGGCUGUUGAAGAGGAAAUGCUUGUGGCUGCGGCCGGCGGUGCGGUCGGUGUGGGCAGCAGUGCCUUUAGUCUAGGCAAUCAUCUUCAUCUGCAUAACAGUAAUAAUGGUUUGGGAUCUUAUGACUCUACUGCCAUAGGGCUAGAUGGUAUCGAUAUGAUGACACAUAAUACCGAAACAAAUUCAAUGCCAAUCUUUGACUUUGGUAUGCCACGUAAUAUAACAGCUCGCACCGGUCACACAGAGGCGAUAAUUAAAUGUCGUGUCGAUAGGCUGGAUGAUAAAUCGGUUUCCUGGAUACGUAAACGUGAUCUGCAUAUAUUGACUGUUGGCACAGCCACUUACACGUCUGACAAACGAUUUCAGGUGACAGAAUCAAAAGAUUCCCGUGAAUGGACGCUACAUGUGAAAUCUCCGCAAGCACGUGACAGCGGUAUUUAUGAGUGUCAAGUAAAUACGGAACCAAAAAUUUCGAUGGCAUUUCAACUUAAUGUUAUCGAGAUAUCACCAGAUGCUAAGGCUGUUAUAACAGGACCAGCUGAUUUACAUUUUAAAGUUGGCAGUGCCAUUAUACUCACAUGUAUUGUACACCAGCCGUCGGUUAAGGAUAUUGGUCCCAUCUAUUGGUAUCGUGGCGAAUACAUGAUUACACCAUUCGAUAUAAAUGACAAUACACACGAAGAGCCAGUAUUUCCUAUGUCACGUGUUACUACACCCACUGCGUUGGGGCAAAAUAAAGUUAAUGUUGUGGAACAAAAUCUUUUGCAGCAGAGGCAACAGCUUCAUGAUGGUAUUUAUGGUGGUGGGGGUGCUGCUGCUGUUGGUGUUACAGAUUCUGAACAAAUACCACAAAUCUUAACAAACGAAAUAACACAAGAUUUUGCUCAACGCAUUGCUAUGGAGUCACAAUUGGGUGAUACCAUGAAAUCAAGACUACGCAUUUCGAAUGCCCAAACAUCAGAUACUGGUAACUACACCUGUCAACCCACCACAGCCAGCAGUGCCAGUGUUAUGGUUCAUGUGAUUAAUGAUGAAAAUCCAGCUGCCAUGCAAAAGAGUGGAGCGAGCAGUAUUCAUUACAAAUACAGUAAAACAUUGUUGAUGCCUUUGGUUUGCGCCACAAUUGUUGUUGCUGUUGCAGCAGCUACAGCCUCUAUAUUAAACAUAAUAUGUGGCCAUAAAGGGGCAGAAGAUAGAAGUGGAAGGGUAGGAGAAAAAGUUUGUGAUGAUGACGGUUACUGGUUGUCAUCAACAAUAAGAAUAGCAACAACAUUGGUAAUAAGAAGAAAAUCUUGUAUUAUGUUAACUUGCCUAUGCUGUCAUGUGAUCUCUAAAAAUAUGCUGGAAGGCAUAAUAGAUUUAAUACGACUACAACUACUACGACUGCAGCUUUUACAUAACAAUCUGCCAUCUCGAAAUAUUCACAUACACAUUGCCACAUACAACAUACAACUUAUGCAAAGUGAUGUUUAUUAUGUUGUUGUCUACAGGACUAAUGUUGUUUCUGUUGCUUUUGUUUUUGAUGAUAUCGUUGUUUGUAUAAAUUGCACGAGUAGUGCAAGUGAUGUCAUAACUUUUAGGUUUGCUGUUACAUGUAUCAGUAGCAGUACUUCCAAGUCUAUUACUGCCACUGAUAAUGAUGGUGGUGAUAUGGCUGUUUCUGUUGCUGGUUGACGACUUAAAGACAGUUAAUGUGCCAACAUUGAAACGUGUCUUUACAUUAACAAAAGAAUAUCCCAAGAAUAUGAUACAAGUGUGUUUCAAGCAUAGAUAUUUAUAAAGCAGAAGAGUAAAAAUACACAAAACCUACUACUUAGAAAACUUUUAUUUAUAUAAAGACAUGAUAACAGGCAACACCAUCUUACUUUAGGUAUUUAGAUUCAAACUUUUAGAAAUGGUUAUGUUUAAGACUUCUGUUGUUGUUAUUUUUCUUUAGCACAUUUAGUUUCUAAAUUUAUUUUUGCUGCACAAUUGCUGCUGCUGACAUCAUUAUUAUCAGAAUAAUAUUGAUGAUGAGGAUGCGAUGGUAUUAAAAAAAACAGGGUAUUAUUAUAAAUGUUAUUGCAUUUAUUUUCCAUCAGAAACAUAAGUAUCAGUAACAGCAAAAUUUAAAAAUCAACAACAGCAACAACAUUGUCAUUAUCAUUAACAUCACCGUUAUCAUAAGCAUGAACAGCUACAUUCUGCAAUAGAAU